AUGGAGAAGGACGACCACACGGGCGCCAUGCGGUGCAGCGAGUGCGGCAUGGACGACCACACGGGCGCGAUGCGGUGCAGCGAGUGCGGCAUGGUGUCGCAGCAGUUCCGCGAGGAGGACAACGAGGGCGGCGCGGCCGGCGCGCCGGGGGCGGGGGGGAUGGGCGCGGGGAUGGGGAUGGGGAUGAUGGGGUCGCGGGCGGUGGUGCGCGAGAGCAACGUGGCGCUGCACCAGCAGCGGCAGGAGGUCGCUGCGGCUGAUGCUGCCAGGGCUGCGCAGGCUGUCAGCCUGCAAGUGCAGGCACACGCCCUGGCGGAGCACUACUGCACGGGGGUGCACGCCAUGCUGGCCCGCCAGUGCCACGCGCUCUCCGCCCUGCUCGCCCCGCCCCCACCUGCACCCACGCAAAAGCCCACCGGGGAGGCCGGGGAGCGCAAGGAGCAGGACACUGCUGCUGCUGCCUCUGCUUCUGCGGCUACUGGCAAUGCAGCGGCGCUGAGCAGUGUGGCGCGGCAGAUCCUGCUGCGCCUCGUGCUGCACUCGGGUGUGCUCCGCGCGGGGUAUGCCGAGCGCUGCUGGCUGCUGUGGCGCGUGGGUGAGGGCGCAGGUGAAGGCGCAGGCGAGGGCGCAGGGGGUGGGGGGCAAGCUUGGGGGGAAGGGGACGGGGGCGCAGGGGGGGUUGGGGGAGGGGGAAGAGGGGAAGAUGGAUGGGGAGGAGAGGCGAAGUCUGGUGGAAGGAAGAGAAGAGGUGGAGGUGAGAUGGGAGGGGAAGGGGGGGAAGCACUGCAACGGGAGAUGGCAGGGUGGGGCAUGGGGGGCGGGAGUGGGGGCUUUGGGGGAAUGGGGGGCGCGGCUGCGCAGGGGGCAGGCGGAGAGGGGAGAGACGCAGAGGGGAAGGGCGCAGGGGGCAGUGCGGGGCAGGAGGAGGAAGGGGAGGAGGGGGAUGAGUGGGCGCGGGAGCUGCGGGCGAUUCUGGCGGGCGCGAGGCGGAGCAGGCGGCAAGAGAGGGAGGAGGCGAGGAAGCGGGCUCGGAAGGCGCGGAGGAAGAAGUGGGGGGGGCAGUUUGAAGCGGAGUUGCAAGCCAUUCAGGAGGACGAGGCAGCUGAGAGGCGGGAUGGAAGUGAGGGGAUGGGGGGGGAUGGGAUGGGAGUGGAAGGGGAGGGAGAGGAGGAGGGGGGAGGGAAGGGGGGGAGUGAGAAGGCGUCGAUGAGGGAGACGUGGUUUGCUCUUUCGGAGAAGCUUCAGACGAGCCCCUUCUUUGCCGUCACCUGCAAGCUGCACGUCUCUUCCGCUAUGAGUGAAGACCCUCUCAACUUCCGCCUCAUUGGGGAGCGCUUCCUGCAGGUGCAUGCUAGAUGCGCCCUCUCUCACUCGCUUACGCCUGCGUGCUAUCAGGUUGAGCGGGCAGCGGUGAUCACAAUCCAUUCGAAUUGGGCUCUCAAUGCUCAAGUCGUGUGUCCCUCGUCCUCACCCGCCUCUGCAUUGCCCCCUCCGUCCCUCUCCCCCUCCUUCCCACUCUCCCCUCCGCCCCUCUCCCCCCUUCCUUCCCUCUCUCCCCCUCUGUCCCGCUCCUCCCCUCCGUACCCCUCCGUCCCAUCCCUCCCUCCCGGUGCCCCUCCUUCCCACCAGGAGCUGCACCUACCAGUACCGCUCUUCGCCCCUUUCCUGCACCGCCUCUUCGACCUCCUCUGCCCGUCCUCCUCCCUCUCCCCGUCCCUCCCAUCCCUCCUCCCCCGCUUCCACCUCUCGCCCCGCCCCUCCGCAUGGCCCACGCGCCUCUACGUCAUGGCAGCGGUUGUUGUCUCCCUCAAGCUCGCCCUCGCCCUCGGCUCCUGGCCCUGCCUCAACCCGGCAGCAUCCACGGGGGGACCCUGCCUCAACCCUUCGUCUUCAUCUUCCACACGGGCAGGGGCAUCGCCAACACGAGCAGCACCAGCAACAAGAGCAUCGACAGCGGCAGCAGCAGCAGCAGCAGGAGGAGGAGGAGAAGGGGGGGGUGGUGCGGCGGCGGUGUGCAGAGCUGCUGCGGCUGCCCCGCGCGCCACAGUGUCGCUGGCGCGGGGUGCAGUGUCGGGGUGGCAGCACAUGCUGCAGCAGCGCAAGCGGAGAGAAAGGGGGCAUGGCCUGGCAGCAGAGGGGUCGCUGGCACGGGGGGCGGAGUCGGGGUGGCAGCACAUGCUGCAGCAGCGCAAGCGAGGCGAGGCGCGGCAAGGCAAGUCAACAGAGGGGUCCCUGGCCGGCAGGGCAGUGGAGGGCAGCCGGCAGCAGCUGCUGCAGAUGCCCAUGCAGACCCGUGCUGGGGCACGCAGGGGGCGCACAAGGGAAGAAGGGGAGGAUGGAGCAGAGGGACGAGCACCGCUGCAGCUGAGGCAGUACCUGCAGCACUGCGAGCGGCACGUGUUUGCCCCCGACGCCACGCGUGGCGCCGACCCCUCCACGCUCGACCGCGACUUGCGCGCCCUCCUGCACUCCGCCCUCCUGCAUGCCGCGCUCCCCCCGCGGCCCCCCUCGCCGCCCGCAGCUCAUGGGAGCGGUGUAGACGCUGAGGGGGAAAGCAUUGAGGGGGAGAGCGCUGACGGGGAGAGCGCUGAGGGGGAGAGCGCUGACGGAGAGAGGGCUCGGUGGUUCCCGGUGCGGGUGGAGGAUGUGGUAGUAUCGCAGGUGUUUGUGACAUGUUGA